AUGGUUAUGGCGUAGACUUCAGUACCGGUUUCAGAUUAGAUGUUUUAUUACUUCAACGACUUUUAAAACAACCUUUAAAUCUGGUGAUAAUUCAAAAGAACCGCGAAUAUGUGAAAUGAUAACUACAAGUAGGUAAAUUCGCUUUCCAUCACAGACUACAUACUUCGCAGUAGUCUACCAAACGUGAAUGUAGACAGAUUUCUGCAAAUCAGCUGUAUUCUUCACAACGUAUAAAUUAUUCUAACGCGAAACACGUGAAAAAUGCAGAAACGCAAUGUGCUCAGGUGGUUAUUGCUGUUCUUACUUUUGUGCAACACUUUCGUCACAUUGAAUAUUAGCAUCGCGAUUGUGUCUAUGGUGAAGCCGCUGGAAGUUGAAAACACAUCUCAUAAAGAACCAGAUAUUAUUAUUUGUCCCAAUACGACAUUUCUACAGAGGACUCAUUUGGAAGAAGACUACAAUGGAGCAUUACCAGAAAUCAUCUCUCCAAAAACUGGUUACGAUUGGUCAGAAGCAGAACAAAAUAUGGUGCUUUCGGGAUAUUACUGGUUGAAUUAUAUUUCAAUUAUGCUCGGUGGUAUUCUAGCUCAUAAAUAUGGAUCCAAGAAAGUCGUUGGUUUCGCUCAAGUGAUUUCAUCUACGAUGUCAUCAUUGAUCCCGAUAGUAGCUGGAUAUGGGCCUCUGGCAGUAGCCUGGAUACGAGCCAUACAAGGAGUUUUAUCAUUUAUGUCCGUACCAGCUGGUUUAUUCUCCAUCAUGGGAAAUUGGAGUCCUCCUGAUGAACGAGGAAAGUUUGGGGCUAGUUUUGCACUUGGUUCGUACAUUGGCCUGACAGUGGGAAGUUUCAUGUUUGGUUACAUUGGACAAUAUUUACAUUGGGCGUUUAUUUUUCAUUUAACUAGCCUGCUCGGGAUCAUUUGGGGUCUACUGUGGUAUUUCCUUGUUAGCGAUUCGCCAGCUCUGCACCCUACAAUCACAAUCGAAGAAAAAAAAUACAUCGAAAACAGUCUGAAAGGGGAUACUAAGACCAAGAUCCAUAUUCCUUGGAAAGGUAUCAUCACUUGCGUGCCACUGUUGAUAAGUAUUUUUGCAGUGAAUUCAAUUACAUGGACGUGGGUUGCGGUGACCACAUAUUUUCCUGUAUAUCUCAAACAAUUUUAUGGAUUAAAUUCAAAUGAAAUUGGGGUCAUCACAAGUGUGCCAAAUAUCGCCCUUAGUAUCUUUACUAUUGGAAUAGCCUAUGGAAGUGACAUGAUUCUUAGAAAAAAAUUGCUGAGUGUCACAGCUGUAAGAAAAGGCUGCACAUUUCUAGGUGGCAUAGUUGCUGCGAUUCCACUAGUGAUUAUUGCAUUUACAAAAUGUAAUUUGAUCUUGAUCGUGUUCUGUUUGAUGGCUAACUACGUUAUGAGAGCAUUUAUCAUGUUUGGAGCACCAUUGGUUGUUAUGGAUCUCAGUCCCAAGUUUUGUGGAAUUCUAGAAGGAAUUACAGGGACAUCGUCUUCCUUGCUGACGUUUGCAUUUUCCUCGGUGGUGAAUUAUUUCACCACAACCUAUGACAACGAGUCACUGUGGAAGAUAAUAUUCUUGUACACAGCAUUGUAUGGUGUUCUCGCCAAUGGUAUUUUUAUCAUUUUUGGCUCGGCUAAAGUGCAACCCUGGAAUUUCGAAGAUGUUACUGAGCAUCAGCCUAAUAAGGAAAUAAAUGAGGCAGCCAAUGAUUCUGGUAAGAAUUCAGCUGAGAUGAAGAAUGGUCAAAGUAAGGAAAUUUCGUGACAUCAGAAUUUGUAAAUACUUUUAAAAAAAAUUAUGUUUGUGCGAGGUCAUUGUAUUUUUAAAAUAAUAAAACGACUAAUUAUUUUUUCA